CGCCUCCUCCCGUCUUGACACCAAUACCACUUCCACCCACACCCCCAAGCCCCUGGAAGAUCUGCCAUCUGAGUGAAGGGUGGGUUUUGCACUUCUCGGGACCUGGGUCCGGCCAUACGUGGGGUCAGAGGCACUGUGGGAUUUGUAAACUUGUGACAGAGAUCACCAGAUUUGAGCCUCUUGUGUAUUUGGUAUUUACAGGUCAUCCCUCCUUUCCAGGAUUACAACUAAAUAUCGCCAUGCCUCUGCGAACACUUGCCCCCGUAAACAAAAGGAAAAAGCUCGCCAGGAUCAUAACUGACUUAUCACACAUCACUCAGGAUGAGCAUGAGAUGGAGCCAGAGGCCUCCGAGUUUGACCUGGGGAAAAAAAUUGGGACUCCCAAAGACAUCAUGCUGGAGGAGCUCUCGCUGAUGAAGAACAAAGGCUCCAAGAUGUUCAAGAUGAGGAAGCAGAGAGUGGAGAGGUUUAUCUACGAGAACAACCCUGACGUCUUCAGCAGUGACUCAAUGGACAACUUCCAGAAGUUUGUGGGUGGACAGAUGGGAGGUGAAAUGAUAAACCUUGGUGGGCAUCUUGUUAGCAAGCAGUCUGGACACCUGCAUUACACAGGGAUGCACAUUGGAGGAGGUGCCCCUGUGCCUCCACCAAAGCCUGGAAGCAAAGGUGCAGGAGGAGCAGGUGGAGCAGGUGGAGCAGGAGGUGCUGGAGGACUGAGUGGUGGCGAACAUGGGAAAGGUGGUAAAGGAGAAGGCGCUAGUGACGGGUCAGCAGGAAGUGGAAAAGAUGCAACUAAGAGGCAGGCUCAUGUGAAGACAUACCUGUCACCAUGGGAGAAGGCCAUGAAGGGUGAUGAGAACCUGUUAGCCACUCUGAAAACAUCAAUGCCUGGUCCCAUAGAUCGAAAGGAUAUGCCCAAGUACAAAUCCUUCAACAGGUGUGCACUGCCCUACGGAGGGUUUGAAAAGGCCAACCAGUUAAUGAAAUUCCAGCUGCCAGACAGAGAGACGGUCAAAGAGGAGCCUGAACCUGCAGUGGUGUACCAACAUGAUGUCGGCUGUCGGCCUUCCUUCAACCGCACUCCUAUUGGCUGGAUGGGCAGCAGCGAACCCGGCAGCAUUCACAUUGAGAGUGAUGCCGUGCCCUUUGAUGCAGAGACAGACGAGCUGUGAAAAAAAAAAAAUAAUAAUAAUAAUAAUAUUGUGAUUACACUCUCCGCACACACACACACACAAGCCUGACUGCAUGCACACACCCACAAAAAUGAUCUUUAAGUCAACUGUUACACUGAUGAAUCUUUUAAUGUGAAUGAGUGAAUGUGUAAAUGAAAUGUGGUCAUGUUGUGUAUUUGGUUGUAAGGACAAGAAACCAGCUUUGGUCUUACAGACAAAUUAAAAAAAUGUUUGUGUUUUCACAA